AUGCCUGCAGUUGAAGAAGAGUUCUCCACGGAGGAGCUGUUCACCUCCACGUUCAAGGCCGUCGCCCAGUCGAUGCCGGCAGCAUGGAGCUCCACCUACGGCGCCCAGCGCACCCGCGGCGGCUACUACGGCGGCGGUUAUGGCGGCGGCGGCUCAGGUCCGUUCCCUGGCUAUGGCUCCCCCGUGCCGCCCGUCUGGCCGUCGCCGCCUGGCUAUGGCUCCCCACCGCCCGUGCCGCCGUCGCCGCCUCCAAAUGGCGAGCAGAGCCCCCAGCAGAGCCCGCAGGAGAACCCCCAGCAGAGCCCCCAGCAGAGCCCCGCCCAGAGCCCCAGCGAGAGCCCCGGCGUGGAGAUUAAGGACCUCAACGCCUCCCUGUGCACUGGCGUCGCGUAUGAUGGCUACCUCACGCGCUGCUCCCUGUGGAGCGACAGCAACGGCGACGGCCUGUUUGAGGACGGCGAGCCCAUCGUGACCGUGACUGGCGGCCAAUGGGCCUUUGCCUCCACCGCCACCGCCAGCACCCUGGGCGUGCUGCACCUGGCCACCGCCGACGAGGCGACCACCACGGUCGCCGCCGGCAGCGCCGGCUGCCACGACGCCACCUCCCUGCUCGCCGUGCACUUCCCCUUUGCCGCCCCCAAGCCCGCCUCCUGCGACGCGCCCCUGGUUGUCUUCCCGCUCACCUCGCUGCUGGCGCACGGCAGCCAGUCUGGCAUCAGCCUGCCCGCCCUGCUGGACGCCCUGCAGCUUCCCGUCGGCUACCCGCUGCUCACCGCUGACUCCCUGGCGGCAUCGCAGGCCGGCGAUGACGCAGGCAAGAAGGUGUACCGCCGUGAGGUACAGGUGGCCCAGCUGGCCCUUGUGGCCGCCAAGCUGCUCACCAAGAACAGCGCCUACCUGCCCCCGGCCCGCAAGGCGCUGCUCAAGGCGCUGGCCGGCCAGAUCAUGGGCGGCGGUGGGCGCCGCCGCCUGCUGACCGCCGACGCCGCCUCGGUGCAAGCCGUCGUCGACCUCACCCAGGGCGCCGCCAUCCAGUCGCUGCUGGCCGCCGCCAACGCCAUCGCCGCCGCCACGGUGCCCGCCGACCAGCUGGCGGUGGUCGGCGCCGACGUGCUGGCGGCGGUCGCCAACGCCAUUGCCGCUCUCAACUCCAUCAUUGAGAACAGUACCGACGUGGAGAUGAUACAGAAGGCCGCCGUGGUGGGCGAGACGGUGCUGGCCUCCAAGGUCUCUGCCCUGGUCUCUGGCCAGAUCAGCGUGUCGCAGUUCCAGGCCGCCACCUCCCCCAGCGCGCUGCAGAAUGCGGCGCAGCAGGUCACCCUGCCCGGCGCGCCCUCGGAGCAGCGGAAGAGCAACGCGGUGGCGCUGGGCGUGGGGCUGGGCAUCGGCCUGGGCGUCCCGUUGAUUGCCGGCGCCGGCUUUGCCUACUGGUACCUGGUGGUGAGGAAGGGCGGCAGCGGCGCCGGCAGCGGCCUGCACGAGGGCAUGUUGUGA